CGGCGUAUCCGUUUCAUUGACAACCUUUCUUUCCUUGCCAUGCCACUGGCUGCUUUUCUGAAGGAAGAAACUGAAGAAAGGCUAUUCUUGUCACAAGUUGAACGUCCCUUAGUAGAUCGGAAAAACAAGCCGUUCGGUAACCUGCUACCUUUCGAGAUGCAAGUAAUCAUUAUCUUCUGGACCCAAUGUUUCAUGACAAACGACAGAAGGAAAAAAAUGAAUGGAGAAUUAACCCGCCUUCCCUGUUGCCUUCGAACAGCUAUUCCAAUGUCCGUGGCAUUUUCGUUUUCAAGCGGCUACAAACGUUUUUCUUCUGCUACGGAAAAAAAACCUUAUCCUCGCUUUUACGGUUGUCCUCUCUGUUUCAGACGAAAAACCAAGCGAUACUCAGUAUGUUUGAACGUUCGUUUUAUUUCGCAAUUCAUUUGCCCUUUGUUUUCGGGGAUUAGUCGGCCAUCUUGUUUACGUCAAUGA